AUACAUUUCAGCGCUUCCACGCGUUUUUGAGUGAAGACCGUAAAGACCGUAAAGACGAUUGUGAUAUUGAACUUUCUGAAGAUGACAAGAUUAAAUCAAGCGUGUGGGGUGUUUCACCGAGCCUAAAUCUGGUAGGCUUGUCAACAUGCUGGUAGAGAAAUGCAUCGUUCAACAGAUAUAAAACAUGGCUCCCAGGUCCAAGCCCAAGCCAGGAGAACCAUCUUCUUCUGAUGCUGCAACACCAUUAUUGCCAGAAAGGUGCAUAGAUCAUAAAAAUAAGAACAUAAGAAAGGAAAAAUGGAGGGAGCUGAGACUUCAAAAGAACAAGGAAAAGCGCGAGGCGCGCAAGAAGCGCCAGAAGGUACGCGAAGAGCUGGGCAAGGACGCGCCUCCGGUGCUGCAGCCGCACACAAUCGAAACGCUGCGUAUUCCGGACGUGACGACCGUGCAGCCGGACGAUCUGGAGACCCAGCAGGCCGACCGACUGGACGAGUUUGGCGGCUACUUCGGCCGAGAGGCGGCGCCGCGCGUGCUUCUCACCGCCGGAGACUUCCCGUCGCCGAAAACUCGUGACUUUAUGAAGGAGCUCGCCCUGGUGAUCCCCAACACAGAGGUGCGCCUCCGCAACUUCAGCUCCGUCAAAAAGACGGCUCGCGUGGCCGCCGCCAAGGGCUACACGGACCUCAUCUUCAUCAACGAGGACAAGAGCAAGAAGGUGAUGGCCAACGGCCUGCUGCACGUCCACCUGCCGGACGGCCCGUCAGCCCUCUACCGCCUGAGCAACGUCAAACUCAGCGCCGAGAUGCGGCGGAUUAAGGAGUUCACCCACCACCGGCCAGAGGUGGUGCUCAACAACUUCACCACCAUGCUGGGUCACCGGGUGGGCCGCAUGCUGGCCUCGCUGUUCCACUUCGACCCCGAGUUCAAGGGCCGCCGGGUGAUGACGCUGCACAACCAGCGAGACUACAUCUUCUUCAGACACCACCGGUACGAGUUCAAAAACGAGAAGAAGUGCGCUCUGCGGGAACUGGGGCCGCGCUUCACUCUCAAGCUGCGCUCGCUGCAGAAGGGCACGUUCGACUCGAAAACGGGCGAGUACGAAUGGAUCAGGAAGCGCCACGAGAUGGAGGACAGCCGGCGCAAGUUCCACCUGUAAUCGGACGCUCAGACGGACGGACUCGAGGAAGGUGACGGGGACGGGGCGGCCCGACGCGGGGCGGGGGAGUCUGGGGAAGGGCGGGAGCUACGACCGGGUGUGGUGUGCGUUGCUGCGAACUUUGGUAUGUUUGUAAACUUUGGAUGGGAUGAAGUUGUUUCAAAGUGGGAAUGGACCGGUGAGCGUCUUGCUGUUAGAAAUCAUCCCGAUCUGUGACAUCAGCAGAAAGGUGUCACAUUGGCAAUAUCCUUUGGAGUUCUUUUUGCUUAUCCAUUGACAGGAUAGCGGAUUGGGAAGUGCGGAGAUCUGUUUUGUAUUAUGCAUAUUAUAAACCCCUUGGCAGAAAACACGUAUGUGCCUCUUUGCUCUUUUGGUGUAUUAUCCACUUCAAAAUUUGAACUUCAUUACGAAAGCACAGUUUCAAAUAGGGACUGAAACGUUCUAUCCUUUGUAUCGAUCAGGCUGCCUUAGCGUGAUAAUACAAAUAAUGUAUGACA